AUGCGGCGAUGUCUCCGCCCUUUCAUCAGGCUCAUUAGCUCACCGCGUAGUCGCGAUGGCACCCGCCUGGCCUUCAAUCGCACAUUUACGACAUCCAUAGCACGGUGGGCGGCGCCCCCUCCGAAGCCCAAGACCGACUUGGAACGGCGAAUCGAUGCGAUACCCCUCGAACGGUUCCGCAAUUUUUGUAUCGUGGCGCAUGUCGACCAUGGCAAGAGCACGCUCAGCGACCGGCUCUUGGAGCUUACCGGCACGAUCGAGAAGGGAGGCAACAAGCAGAUUCUAGACAAGCUCGACGUCGAGAGGGAGAGGGGGAUUACUGUCAAGGCGCAGACAUGUAGCAUGUUGUAUAAUUACAAGGGCGAGGACUAUCUACUUCAUCUCGUCGACACGCCAGGCCACGUCGACUUUCGCGCAGAGGUCACCAGGUCAUAUGCGAGCUGUGGAGGGGCUUUGCUCCUCGUGGAUGCCAGUCAGGGCGUGCAGGCGCAGACUGUCGCAAACUUUUAUCUCGCCUUUUCCCAAGGCCUGACACUCGUCCCCGUUGUGAACAAGAUCGACCUGCCCUCUGCCGACCCCCCGAGGGCCCUUGAGCAGCUCGAGAGCAUGUUUGAACUGAAGCCGGAAAAUACGGUUCUCAUCUCCGCCAAGACCGGGCUUAACGUCGAGGAAAUCCUGCCAAAGGUCAUCGAACGAAUCCCGGCGCCUGUUGGGGAUCACCUGAAGCCAUUGCGGCUGCUUCUUGUAGACUCUUGGUACGAUAAUUACAAGGGUGUUAUUCUACUCGUCCGAAUAUUCGACGGCACAAUCAAAGCUGGGGAUCACGUUGUGUCGUUUGCGACUGAGCUCAAGUAUAUUGUUGGAGAGGUUGGGAUCAUGCAUCCACUGGAGACGCCGCAGAAGUCGCUUCGCGCGGGUCAGGUGGGGUAUAUCUACUUUAAUCCUGGCAUGAAGCAGAGCAAAGACGCCAAGGUGGGUGAUACGUUUACGACGGUCGGAUCUGAACGUUUGGUGGAACCGUAUCCAGGCUUUGAAGAGCCGAAGUCGAUGGUUUUUGUUGCAGCAUUUCCCGUUGAUCAGGGAGAGCAUGGCCAUCUCGAGGACAGUAUCAACCAAAUUGUCCUCAAUGACAGGAGUGUGACGCUACAAAAGGAGUCGUCUGAAGCACUUGGCGCAGGGUGGCGUCUUGGGUUUUUGGGAACGCUUCACUGUUCCGUGUUUGAGGAUCGACUGAGGCAGGAGCACGGAGCGAGUCUCAUCAUCACUCCGCCGACGGUGCCAUUCAAGGUUAUCUGGAAUACUGGCAAGGAAACCAUCAUCCAAAAUCCGGCAUUGUUUCCUGAUGGCGACGAGGGUUCUUCGAAGGUCGCGGAGCUGCAGGAACCAUACCUGGAGGCGACCAUUACAAUGCCUGAGGAGUACCUUGGCAAGGUUAUUGAGCUUUGCGAAGUCAAUCGGGGGAUACAGCAGAGUUUGAACUUCUUUACAUCGACACAGGUUAUUCUGAAAUAUCUCAUCCCGCUAGCGCAGCUUGUUGACGACUUCUUCGGAAAGCUUAAAGGAGCGACGCGGGGAUAUGCCUCUCUCGACUAUGAGGAUGCUGGGUGGAGGAGGAGUCAGAUUGUCAAGAUGCAGCUUUUGGUGAACAAGGAGCCGGUGGAUGCCGUCUCGCGGGUGGUGCACACGUCACAGGUGGAUAGGGUCGGCAGGCAGUGGGUGAAGAAGUUCAAGGAGCAUGUGGAUCGCCAGAUGUACGAGGUGAUCAUCCAGGCGAUGGCAGGGAGGAGGAUUGUGGCGCGAGAGACGAUCAAGCCGUUCCGAAAGGAUGUGCUGGCGAAACUGCAUGCGAGUGAUAUUUCGCGGCGGAAGAAGCUGUUGGAGAAGCAGAAGGAGGGGAGGAAGAAGCUGAAGGCGGUGGGGAAUAUCACGAUUCAGCAGGAGGCUUUCCAGAAGUUCUUGGCCAAGUAA